CAAAAAAAAUAAAAAUAUUAACCCUUUCCUAAUUAAUAUGUCAAUUUCAAUGAAAUCAACCUCCCUAAAAGUCUUCAUCGUUUUAUUUUAUAUAACAAUAAAUGUAUGCCAAGCGCAUUUUAUAGCUGUUGCAACCGGUGCAGCUGCCGGUGCAGUUGCCGGAGGGGCAGCUGGUUUUGCCGCUGCCGCUGGAGCUUCCGACAAGGCUAAGAAAGACCGAGAAAAGCAUGAAGCUAAGAUCAAGAAAGGUAACAAAAACAAGGAGGAAGGUGGUGGACUAUUCCAUUUUGGUGCACCCAGUCCAACAUCUAAACAAUCCUCAGGAUCACACAAAGCAUCUGGUCAAUUUUCAGCACAAGGCUCAGGUCAAUCGUCAAAGUCAAGUCAAAAUUCAAGUCCUAUGAUUAAAAAAGAGUCAGGGUCAAAUCAAGGAUCAGGUCUAUUUGGUCUAUUCCCAAGCAAAGACUCAAAACAAGGUGAAAUACCAAAAGUAACCUCAAAUCACACAUCAACAAAAUCUCAAGGCAAGAAUUUCAAUGCAACUGGUACUAAAACUUUCACCCAUGCAACAGCUCCAACCCAAGACUUUACAGCAGAUUCUAGAACAACUUCAGCCCAUGAAUCUAGAAAAAUUCCAAUAAUUAAUGGAUCAAGUGAAACUUCUAGAAACUCCCAAAGCAUAGAAGCUAAAAAAGCCAAUGAAAAAUCAUCAAGUAAAAAAUCAAGUGAAUUCACAAAAGGAAAAUCACCAAUUGGUUCAUUUCAAGCUUCUGCUAAUAAAUUUGCACAAUCAUCUUCAAGUCCUACAUCAAGUCAAGCUUCUACUGGUGCUUCUUUUUCUUUUUCAAGUAAUUCCAAACCUUCUGGAAGAAAACUAUUAGGUGAUUCUAAUUGAUAUGAUUUUUUUAGUUGUUGAUUGUUAUUCUUCUAGUUCUCUUUUUGAAGGGUAAAUGGAUAUGAAAUCUUCCCUCAUUCAAACUCUAUUUACAAAUAGAAUAUUGGGUUGAUAGUAAUAAUGAUCAUUUUUAUAAUGAUAAUAUCAAAUAAAUUCAUUUUGA